UGUGUAGAGGUUUCCUGCGGUCCGUCCACUUGUUACUUCCCCAGUCCUAGGCAAAAUGCUCUACUAGCUUUCCACCCACGGCCACAGCAGCAAGUAAGUAUUGAUAUUUGCAGUUGAGGUCGAGCACAGCAACUUUGUUGGCAUUUUUUUAGCAAUUCUGUUUCAUUUCAGGCUGAUAUCUGUUUUUGGGCCCAUUUCAAGAAGUUAGCAACAACUUUGACUUCGUUACCAACAGAUGUGUAGAAAUUCAUAACUGACUGUGCAACGUCGAAGUUGUAACCAGAGCUGAGUUGAGACGGCGUAUAAUUUCUUCUGCGCGCACUGUUCUUUCCCAACAAGCGUUCUCAGCGUCAUUGCAGGGCGUGCGGAGGUCGCCAAAAGCACGUUUCAAGCAGCCAGUCUAGAAAAGUAUCGGGCUGUGGUGUGUGUUGAACCGCUAUGGUAGAAUCAACCAAGUAGCAGAAGCAGCAGCAGCAGCAGGACCAAUUUUCAGCGGCCGUGGUGCUAUAUCCACUGUGACGCAUGGUGAGGACAGUCUGAUCUAUAGGUCUUACCUCUGUUGGCAGAAUACGUCCUCCGUAGCUACAUAUAAGCAUGAGUAAGGCAAGCAGAAAGCGCCGCGCAUAUCGCACGCAUCAAGAUGAUCUCUGGAAAUGGCUGGUGGAGGAACGCUUCUCACGGCAGCACUUUGAGUUCCAGCCGUCGCCCGACUGGCAAUUGCCUAGCGACGACCUGAUGUUCAGUGCCGACGAGUUCCAGGUAGAGGAGUGCCAGCUCUUGAAGUCGGAGCUGAACGCGUGCAAGGCGAAGCUGAACGACAUUGAUAUCGCCGUGUGGCACGUGCACACACGCCGCGCCCACGUGGGCGGCCUCGUCCAGCCGAUGGCGCGAGAGCGACUCGGGGCCGAGCUGUGCACGCAGGCGUGGGCGAAGUUCUACGAGCUGCUCGCGUACCACCGACUGGUGCCGGCAUGCCGCACUAGCGACGACAGCGCCCUCGUUUCCGUUCACCUGUGCGAGGCGCCAGGUGGGUUCAUCACAGCGCUCAAUCACUAUCUGAAAACGACGAUGUCAGAGUCGGGAGCGGCGGCAUCCGUGAACUGGCGAUGGCUGGCGUCCACGCUGAACCCGUACUCGGACGGUGCCGAGGAGGAUGGGGCCAUCACGGACGAUCGGUUCAUCCGCUUCACGCGCGACCGCUGGUACUUCUGCGCCGACAACACGGGAAACCUGAUGUGCCGGGAGAACGUCCGGUCGUUGAUAGAGAAGUGCGAUGAGAUGGGCGCUAGCGACCGGUCGCUCUCUCAAAGUACUGGACUUGUGUCCGCCGGAGACCCCAGUGUCACUGACAAUAGCUGUGCCGGUGAGAGAGUCUCCUGCCAAUCCUCCCCGAAUUGUUCCGCGCAAGAUGGCACCGCGCCCGCCGUGCUAUAUGAUCGCAGUGCACCCUACGCUCGUCACGUCGAUCAUGAGCUUGCCGAGCCGAUCACCGCCCGCGAUCUGGACUCUGGCAGCGCCGCGACGGCCGCGGCAGCAUGCACAGCAGCUUCCGGCCAUGUCUCUACUGUGACUGGGGACCAGAUCACUGCCAACCAGGGAGUAGUAAAAUACCUACUCCCUACUGCCAACGGCAACACGGACAGCACUGAUUGUGUCUCGUCGCCUACAAGCGAUUGUGAUAAUGAAGCAACAACUGAUACCAGUGGUGACUUGUUUAAAGAUGCCGCUGGUGAACCGCAGGCCAGAACUAGCCCAAUGUGUGAUGAACGCGACGGCGCGUCAUUGGCCGUUGGCGUGGCAACGCUGGUGACGGCGGACGGCAGCGUGGACUGUCAGGACGUGCCCGGCGAGCAGGAGCGGCACGUGUCCACGCUGCAUUUCUGCGAGGUUGCCACGGCGAUCGCGCUGCUGCGGCGUCGCCACGGUAGCGACGGCAGUGAUGACGGCAUUGGCGGUGGUGGCAGUGGCGACGGUGGCGCUCUGGUGCUGAAGAUGUUUACUAUGCUGGAGGAUAGCUCGAUCUGCCUGCUCUACCUGCUCAACUGCGUCUUUGCACAGGUCGUUGUCACCAAGCCAGUGGCUAGCAAGUCUGGAAAUUCCGAAGUCUACGUGGUGUGUAAGGACUUCCGCGGUGUCUCCAGCGGAUGGCUGCAGCGUCUGCUUUCGUUUGUGGGACCAAGUUUGCCUGCUGGAAAAGCUCUCUUUCCUCUUAGCAGCAUCCCGCAGCCGUUCAUAGAUCAGUUACUGGGCGUUUCAAGGCAUUUUGCUGCUCUGCAGAUGGAAGCCAUUGAAGAGAACUUGAAACUUCUCUUGGAACCGGAGUGCUUCAUUCAGUGGCAGCUUCGUCGAAAGCUGAGAAAGAGGGUCGCCCUCAGCUUCUUUGAUCGGUAUUCGCUGGCUGCUCUGCCAAAGACAAUGCGGAUGGUACCAGAGGUGGUUGAUCUACUGCAGUGGCGUUAUGAGGCCACAGGGAAGGCAACCGGAAGCUACACAGAACGCUGCGCGGGUAAAGCGGUCAAGAAUGGCUCCGGGAUUGGCGAGGUUGAGGAUUCCGGCAACGGAAUGUAUCUGCUCGCGCCCUCUUAGACUAAGGUCUGAGAUGUGCGGCUCUUGGUUUUGAUGAGCUUCACAGGUUGAGUAUUAUUGCUACCGGACUGGAGCGCUGCUGCUGCUAGCUGUUGGGUUCAGUUGAUGUUUGCUCGGUGUUCGCUUGACUUCACGGCACAGUGUGGUGUGAUAAGGACUAUCUCUGCGUCGU